GACACAUGGCUGGUGAAUGUUGGCAUACUGUUGCUGAUAUAGUUUGUAUACUUGUGACUCUGUGCUGCUCGUUCAUACUCUAUCAGUGUUGACUAAUUACUUUUCACCAUGGUUUUCUUUAAUUGCAAUGCAUGUGGGCAAACAGUGAAGAAGAACCAGGUGGAAAAACACUAUCAAACACAGUGUCCUAGAUGUGAAGUCCUCUCAUGUCUGGACUGUGGCAAAGAAUUCUUUGGUGAUGAUUAUCAAGAACAUACUAAAUGUAUCACAGAAGACACCAAGUAUGGUAGUAUGGAAAAUAGAGCUGUAAACUCAAAACCAAAGAAAGGUGAAAUCAAACAAGAAAACUGGAUACAGCGAGUAAAGGACGCCAGUAAUAACGUCAGCGUGCCUCCAAGGUUGAGAAAUUUACUUCUGAAAAUUACAGAGUAUCCAAAUGUUCCAAGGAAGAAAGCAAAGUUUGUAAAUUUUUUGAAGAACAGUUUAAGAGUGUUUGACCUAUCUACAUCUGAGCAGUUGUGGGAAAUAUUUUCCUCAGCCAAUAGUAAACAAGAAAAUGAUCUCAUGCAAAAACCCAGUAUUUUGAACUCUGGCUGUGAUGUGGUGGGAAAUGGCAAAGAAGUUGAACAAAAUUCAAAUGAUGAUCUGGAAUUAGAGAAAACUAAAAAGAAAAAGAAAAAAGACAAAAUGUCAGAAGAUUUAGAUGAUAAAAAAACUGAACAAACUGAUGACAGUUAUGACAUUAGUCAUAAAAAGAAAAAAAAGAAACGAAAAAUUGAGGAUUCAGUUGCUGUAGUGAAUGAUGAUGAUGAUGAAGAUGUUGAGUCAACUAAAAGCAAGAAGAAAAAAAGAAAGAAAAUGAAGCAUCUGUUGGAGAAUGAAGAUCAUAAUGACAUUGUUUGCGAUGAAGAAGACAACAACACUAAAAAGAAAAAGAGGAAAAAUAAGAAAGAUGAACAAAGUUUACACAAAAAUCUAGACAGUGUAGAUGGGGAGGGGAGUAAGUUCACAGAUAUGAAACCAGGAAAGAGGAAACAAAAGCAUGAAAAAAGUGAAAAGGUCAGUCCAAGCAAAAAACAUAAAAAAAUAAUGGAAAAUGAUGAUGAAGAGGAGAAUGCAGGAAAUAAAUUCCAUUGGGAAUCCAUGAUAAAAAAGGUUUUGAAGUCCAGUGAUGCAAAUGAACUACCGAUUAAGAAACUAAGAAAAAAGGUUAUCAAUGAAUUCUGGUCACAGAAUAAUGGUGGAAAAAUCAAGACUCGUGAAGAAGUGUUAGCAGUAUUCAAUCACAAAAUACAUCAUAGUAACAAAUUUAAAGUUUUUAAAGACAGAGUUAAACUUGCAAAAAAAUUGUAAAGAUAAUGAAUGAUGUGGACAGGGAGUUCAUUAUUGUACUGUAGCAUUAUCAAUAACAGUGCAACACGAACUGGAAAGUUUUGCAGCUACUGGCCCUGAAAUCUGUAUAAUUAUAUAACAUUCUCAAAAUACAUUUGACUAUAGUUUUUCUAAGACUGUGAUUUUACUGACAGAUUGACAGAUACAGAUGAAGAAGGCACAAGGUUUGAUACAUCAUAAUGAUACAUUGUAUCAAUUUUAAUUUUACUUAUUAAGUAUGCAUUCAAAAAUUCAAAACACAUGUAUUAAAUGCUUUAUGAAUAAACAAGAACACUGGCAAAAACAGUAAUAUUAACAUGACAUCUUUCCUUGCAUGCUCAUUUCAUAAAUCCUUUUCCUCAUUUAAGUCAUCGGCAAUGCAAAGUUUGGUGUGAGAUUAGGUAAUCCUUUUCGCCGUCGGACAAUCAAAUCUUGAAACUGGUUGCCGAUUGGGACAAUCAAUUUUUGAAAUCACAAUUUGCGUAUACAAUAUAUACGUAAUCCAGUGUCGUAUUAUCAUUUUGCAAUUUCAGUUUUAAACAUUGCUACUUACUUCCAGAUACAUGUAGAUCUACUAGUAGACUAGUUAUUUGUAAUAUGUUUUUAGAUUAAAGGUCAAUAAGUUAUGAGGCAUUUACAGUUUCAUGUGGACAGUUUUUCAGAAUGGUUGUCCAACUGGACAACAAUGUAUUUUUUUAUUUCAACCCCUGUAAUGUACAAUGGGGUACAUACUAGCGUUUAUAUGCUUUAAGAUUUUUUAGUAAUAAUGCUCUUUUGGCACAGUCA